UCCUUCCGGCAACGGAAGGAGCGUCGCGGUUCGGCGGCGAGGUGCCCGGAUGCAGGAGUUCGGACGAGUCCGGCGGAGGAGCGGAGGGAGCCCAGCCGAGGAGCCCUGCCCGGUCCAGGGCGCAGCUCCCCCGGAAGACGGCGGGGAAAGGCGCGGAGUCUGCGGGGCUGCGGAAGGGCCGCCCCCAAAGGAGAUGAUCCGGAGCCAAGAGGGACCCCGUGAGAGGAGGAUGCCCGGAAAGAGAGGUGGGAAGGAGGAAAAGGUCAACAUGCCCGGAGAAGCCAAGACGUGCCUGGAGUGCGGAGAAUCCUUCAGAACAAAUGGAAGUCUCAAACAUCAUCAAAGAAUCCACUCAGGAGAGAAACCUUAUAGAUGCCCGGAGUGCGGAAAGAGUUUCAGUUGCAGGAGAAGCUGUUAUAGACAUAAAAAAAUCCAUUCAGGAGAGAAACCAUAUAAGUGCCUGGAGUGUGGAAAGAGUUUUACUGAUAGUGGAGCUCUCAGUCAACAUCUAAGAAUUCACACAGGAGAGAAACCGUAUAAAUGCCUGGAGUGUGGAAAGAGUUUCAGUCAAAGGGGAA